ACAGAAAAGAAAGAAAAAAAAAAAGAGACUCACGAAGGCACUCUCAAGGAGGCGCCCACCAUUUUUUUCCGGAAUGUAUAAAACGGCAGGUAGAAAACAACCGAGCGUCGCACAUCAUCACAAGCAUCCGCACAAUGAAGGUAUUUGUUUUAGCAGUUUUGAUUGGCUUAGUGGCUGCCAUGCCACAGGAUGCGGCCAAACCGCCCGUCGAAAUCAUCACAUCCGAAAGCGAAGGACCCAAUUUGGAUGGCAGUUACAAAUUCAAAUUCGAAACAGCCGAUGGCGUGAAACGCGAAGAGGAAGGAGCUCAGAAACAGAUCGGAGAAGAGGCCGGAGCGACGUCCCGCGGCUCGUGGUCUUACACGGCGCCGGAAGGUGACAAGAUUGACUUGACCUUCGUGGCUGAUGAGAACGGGUUCCAGCCUCAGGGCGCUCACCUUCCCGUUGCUCCCGAGCCAUCGCCUGCCAUCAAACGAGCCCUGGCCAUCAUUGCCCGAACGAACGCAGCCGAUGAGGCCCGCGCCGCCGGUAUGAGCACCAAGCAGAAACUUCAGAUGCUCGGCCUCCUCGAUCAAAGACUUGGUCUUCGUAAAUAAAAUACUUUCUGCCGAAUUUUCCAAAUCCAUCCAACAAAAACCAAUUUUGGCCCACCCUCCUCCCCCCCUUUGUAUACAAUUUUCUUGUACUAAAAAAAGAAAAAAAAAAAGAAUGAAAACGAAAACCAAAAAAAAAAAAGGACGAAUAAUAAUCGAUGACGUACAUCUUAGGCCUCCUAUUAUAGUGAUAUCCUUGGAUAACAAACAAAAAUAAACGAGAUGAAAGUGUGACAAAUUGAAAAAA